CCCGCGCCCCCCCCCCCAACACUCUCUCUCUCUCUCUCUGUGUCACGGCAGCGGCUGAGCUGCGCCAAUUUGCGCCCUCCCUCCCUCCCAGACAGGCGUCCAGACCGGUUUAUCAACUCAGGGUUCCGGCAGCAGUGCCCGUGUUGGAUUCUGCGGAACAAUUGAUGAGGUAAUUCUUUGGAAUCUGUGUCCACGAAAACUCGGACUGUCGUCAGCACUUUGAGAGCUUGGAACUCAGACAUGGAGCCCUGUGGUUCUGGUCUCCGUCUCAAUUCGAAACUCUCCUUGCUCCCAAACCUCAAAAAAUCCUCGCUUUUCCCUUCCUCUUCGAUCUCAUCUCGCCCGUCGGUUCAGUCAGCCAGCUGGGUCUCCCUCAAGACGCCCAGCCGCAUGACUUAUUUAAGGGGUCUCUCCGCUCAGAGCAAGAGUAGCGUGGAGAAGGUGGGGGACCUAAUUUCUGACCGUAGGGAUUUGGUCUCCGCGAUUAAGAGGAAGAAGCUUGCUGUAUUUGUUUCGGGCGGAGGAUCGAACUUCCGGUCGAUUCACGAGGCGUGUGUCAAUGGGUUGAUUCAUGGAGAGGUUGCUGUUCUGGUUACGAAUAAAACAGAUUGUGGAGGUGCAGUCUAUGCAAGAGAGAAAGGUAUUCGGGUUCUCGUAUUUCCAAACACGAAAGGAGAACCCGAUGGUCUAUCAGCGAGUGACCUUGUAACAGCUCUUGGGAGUGCCGACAUUGAUUUUGUUCUCCUUGCUGGGUAUCUGAAACUUAUACCGUCAGAACUAGUUCAGGCUUACCGGAGAUCCAUCUUCAACAUUCAUCCCUCGCUUCUCCCAGCAUUCGGAGGAAAGGGCUACUAUGGGAUGAAGGUUCACAAAGCAGUCAUUGCUUCUGGGGCAAGAUACUCGGGUCCCACAAUCCAUUUCGUUGACGACCAUUACGAUACCGGUCGCAUCCUCGCUCAAAGAGUUGUACCUGUGCUCCCCACUGACACAGCAGAGGAGCUAGCAGCUAGGGUUCUCAAGGAGGAGCACCGAUUAUAUGUGGAGGUUACUGCUGCUCUGUGUGAAGAUAGGAUAGUUUGGAGGGACGAUGAGGUCCCACUCAUUCGAAGCAAAGAAAACUCGAAUGAGUAUUCAUAGCACGAGAAGAGAUUCAAUGGCCAAAAGGCUGUAAUUCAUGGAUAAGUGUUUGUAGUACUCGGAGCACAUCUUUUUCCAAUCAACAGUUGAUAUUUGGGAUUUUCCAUAAGCUCAUUUUGUAGUUGUAACAUCAUAUUCUCCGAGAUUAGGCAACAAUAUACAGAUUUUGGGAUUUUGAGGCUUUGGUUUUUUUUUUUAUAAUAAUAUAUCCAUUCGACCAUAAAAAUGGAUAGCCCCCA